UCCCGGGCCGGGAAGCGAUGUAGGAACCGCCAGACAGUCCCUAGCUCUCCCCGGCCAGAGCCCCGCGGCCUGCCGCCGUAGCGCCGCCGCCAUGAAGAAGCAAUUCAACCGCAUGAAGCAGCUGGCCAACCAGACUGUCGGCAGAGCUGAGAAAACAGAAGUCCUGAGUGAAGAUCUGCUACAGAUUGAGCGGCGCCUGGACACUGUGCGGUCAAUGUGCCACCAUUCGCAUAAGCGUUUGCUAGCGUGCUUCCAGGGUCAGCACGGCACCGAUGCCGAGAGGAGACAUAAAAAGCUUCCUCUGACGGCGCUCGCCCAGAACUUGCAGGAGGCUUCAGCCCAGCUAGAAGAGUCUCUUCUGGGGAAGAUGCUGGAGACCUGUGGUGAUGCUGAGAACCAGCUGGCUCUUGAGCUCUCCCAGCACGAAGUCUUUGUUGAGAAAGAGAUAGUGGACCCUCUCUACGGCAUAGCAGAGGUGGAGAUUCCCAACAUCCAAAAGCAAAGGAAGCAGCUGGCUAGACUGGUGUUGGACUGGGAUUCAGUCCGAGCGAGGUGGAACCAAGCACACAAGUCUUCAGGAACCAACUUUCAGGGGCUUCCAUCCAAAAUAGACACCCUAAAGGAAGAGAUGGAUGAAGCUGGGAACAAAGUUGAACAGUGCAAGGAUCAACUGGCAGCAGAUAUGUACAACUUCAUGGCCAAAGAAGGGGAGUACGGCAGAUUCUUUGUAACGUUAUUAGAAGCCCAAGCAGAUUACCAUAGAAAAGCAUUAGCAGUCUUAGAAAAGGCCCUUCCCGAAAUGCGCGCCCAUCAAGAUAAGUGGGCAGAGAAGCCAGCCUUCGGUACACCCCUGGAGGAACACCUGAAGAGGAGUGGUCGUGAGAUUGCUCUCCCUAUUGAGGCCUGCGUCAUGUUGUUGCUGGAGACUGGCAUGAAAGAGGAGGGCCUUUUUCGGAUUGGGGCUGGAGCCUCUAAGCUAAAGAAGUUGAAAGCUGCUCUAGACUGCUCCACAUCUCACCUGGAUGAAUUCUAUUCAGACCCCCAUGCUGUAGCAGGUGCUUUGAAGUCCUAUUUGCGGGAAUUACCUGAGCCCUUGAUGACUUUCAAUCUGUAUGAAGAAUGGACACAAGUUGCAAGUGUGCAGGAUCAAGACAAAAAACUUCAGUAUUUAUGGACGACGUGUCAGAAGCUGCCACCACAAAACUUUAUUAACUUUAGGUAUUUAAUCAAGUUUCUUGCAAAGCUUGCCCAGACCAGUGAUGUUAAUAAAAUGACUCCUAGCAACAUUGCCAUUGUGCUGGGCCCUAACCUGUUGUGGGCCAAACAAGAAGGAACACUGGCUGAAAUAGCAGCUGCCACAUCUGUCCACGUGGUCGCGGUGAUUGAACCUAUCAUCCAGCAUGCAGAUUGGUUCUUCCCUGGAGAGAUAGAAUUCAAUGUAUCAGAAGCAUUUGUUCCUCUUGCUACCCCAAAUUCUAAUCACUCAACCCACACUGGAAAUGACUCUGACUCGGGGACUCUGGAGAGGAAGCGACCUGCCAGCAUGGCAGUGAUGGAAGGGGACUUGGUGAAGAAGGAGAGCUUUGGUGUGAAGCUUAUGGACUUCCAGGCUCAUCGGCGGGGUGGCACUCUAAAUAGAAAGCAUAUAUCCCCUGCUUUCCAGCCACCACUCCCGCCCACAGAUGGCAACACCUUGGCUCCAGCAGGUCCAGAGCCCUCUUCUCAGAGCUCUAGGGCUGACAGCAGCUCAGGGGGUGGGCCUGUCCCCUCUUCUGCGGGCAUAUUGGAGCAGGGGCUGAGCCCAGGUGACAGCAGCCCUCCAAAACCCAAAGAUGCUGCAUCUGCAGCUGUCCCUGCACCAGGAAGAAACAACAACCAGGCUACCACGGGCCCAAGCCAGGUCCAGGCAGGUGGCGGCUCCCAUCAGCUCUCGGCAGCCACACCACACAGUGCAGCUGGUCCCAGUCCUCACACUGUGCGGCGAGCUGUGAAGAAACCUGCCCCGGCACCCCCCAAACCAGGAAACCCACCUCCUGGCCACCCUGGUGGUCAGAGCUCUCCAGGCCCAGGCACCUCCCCAAAGCCAAGCACUCGCAGCCCAUCGCCACCCUCACAGCAGGCACAGGGCAUGCGCCGCUGCUCCAGCAGUCUGCCUCCCAUCCAGGCGCCCAACCACCCGCCACCGCAGCCCCCAACACAGCCCCGGCUGGGCGAGCAAGGACCAGAGCCGGGCCCCACGCCACCGCAGACCCCCACACCACCCAGCACCCCACCCUUGGCCAAGCAGAAUCCCUCGCACAGCGAGACUACACAACUGCAUGGAACCCUCCCAAGGCCGCGGCCGGUACCCAAGCCCCGCAACCGGCCUAGCGUGCCGCCACCCCCACACCCUCCAGGUGCCCACGCAGGGGAUGGCAGCCUUGUGCCCGCAGCACCCACCGCCUCCAGAAUCGUCACUGAUGCCCUUCCCAGUGCCCUCACAGGUGGGGAAGGUUUCCAGAACUAAGGUCUGUAACCCCUCAGCAGCUUGAACUGCAGCUGCAAGCGCUCCUGCUUAGCCAUGUUCUGUGUGUGUGCUUUUGACUUUGUGCUCAGGGUGGCCAUGCUGUAGCCGUCAGUCAGCCAUCCAUUCUGUGGCAUAGAGUUAUGCCUUUUGUCCCAUCAGAAGCACUUUUGGCUUUGGUUUGCCCCAAAUCUAAGAGGUAGCUGUCCCUAGGCUGAGAUCUCAGUUUGAAACCCUCAGUAAGAUGCUGUGUUGUUCCAUUUUUCGUUUGGGUUAGCCUCUCCCAGUGCUCCGCUCUUCUCAGUACCAUUUCACCUGUCACUGGCCUAUCAUCGCCCAACAAAGAGGGCCAGGGAACCAUCACACAGAAAAUUGUGCGUCCCUGUGUUUUGUGCUUUAAUUUUUAAUUUUGUAUCUUAAAUGCAAGGUAACUGCAUGGAGCUUCUUAAUUGGUGUCUAAAAUUCUCAGCCCCCUCCAAACUUCCCCAGAUAAUCCUCCCCUGAACUCCCUUAAGUCCCUUUGCAUUCCAGCGUGCUUACAUUUUGCUUUCCUAAGCUGUAUGGACAUUUAAAACAACGAGACUCAUCUGAACAUACCUUUGGGCACAUAUUGGGCUAGCAGAAGACUCCUGUAUGGUACAGUUGCUUUAAUCAGAGCCCUUAGCCUUUUGCAGGACAUAUACUGAGUGUUCGCAGCUUAGUUCAAGUUGAAACGAUGGAGGAGAAUACAAGCAUCCGUCUGCUUUUCUCCGGGCCUGGAAUAGAACAGUAGUUGAGUGAUUAAACUAAAAGGCCGAGCAUUUUUUUGUUUUGUUUUGGUUUUUUGGUUUUUUUGUUUUGUUUUGUUUUUGUUUUCUGAGACAGGGUUACUUUGGAGCCUGUCCUGGAACUAGCUCUUGUAGACCAGGCUGACCUCGAACUCACAGAGAUCUGCCUGCCUCUGCCUCCCGAGUGCUGGGAUUAAAGGUGUGCACCACCACCGCCCGGCUUAGGCUGAGCCUUUUAACACUUUAAUACUUAUGACACCAAAAUUUUACUCAAACCUGUCCUUUUAUCUAGACUAGAACGAAGACUGCAAACCAGAAUUAUGCCUUCCCUGUAAUACCAUAGUCACUUGUGAUGUUUUAUGACAACAGAUUUUUUCCCUAUAUAUCGAUGACAUAGUUACCAUCAUCGAUACCACAUCCAAGAAUCGAACUCUAAACCUUGGGCAGAGCAGUAGGAGCUCUUAACCUCUGAGCUGUUCCAACGGCUGUUCCAACAGACUGUUUUAAUUGAUUUAUCAUUCACUAUACUUUAUAGUUAGAUACGUGAAAUUUUACAUUU